AUGACCGAGGGAGAGCCUAAACAAACAACUGAAGAGGGAGCCAAACCAGUUUUUGGAGCCUCUGGCCGUAAAAUUAUUUAUGAUAAGGACGGAAAACCCUGUCGGUCUUGCAACAGUCUCUUAGAUUUCAAACUGGCAAUGCCUGGAGCCAAGAAAGAAAAGAAGCCAGAGCAAAAGUUUCCUCAAAUAGAGGAAAAAGAAGCAACUUCUUACGCAAAGGAUUGCCCCCCAGAUGUAGAACAACUAGGCAGAUCCAGUUGGACUUUACUCCACUCAAUUGCUGCAUCCUAUCCGGAAAAUCCUACCAACAAACAGCAGGCGGAUUUGAAACAAUUUAUCAGCCUUUUCGGUAAUUUCUAUCCUUGUUGGUUCUGUGGCGAAGAUUUUGUUAAAUAUUCAGCCAAGAAUGAGCCAAAGGUGGCCACCCAAGACGACUUUGGGAAAUGGUUAUGCGAAGCGCACAAUGAAGUGAACACUAAGCUAGGCAAACAAAACUUUGAUUGCAACUUAUGGAAACAAAGGUGGAAGGAUGGUUGGAAAGAUGGUAGAUGCGAAUAG